AUGAGCGCGAGCAUCAAAAGUGCGGCCCAAUGGCGUGCUUUAGACAAAGCUAAACUCUAUCUAUGCUGCGGGGCGACUUCAUGCCAUCGCAUGACACAAGAAAUAUUUGAAAGUGCAUGGAACCAACUUGGUUCAAUGUUGUACAUGUUGCACUCUAGGGACACACAAGAAAGCACUACAACCAAGGAAGAUGAUGUGGUGAAACUACAAUUUUUGGCAAAUUCUGAUACUAGCAUUGCAGUGAUUUGUGGUAGCAAAGAUUGCUUCGUAAAUUUCCAAUGCCAUAAUCUAUACAACUUUGAUGGGGAUUGA